UCUACUUGACCAUGCGGCAUUGCUGCGGGUUGGGGGCCAUGAACUUGUUUCUUCUGGGGGCUGCGAUGGUGUGUGUGCUGGUGGUGGUGAGCGGGACUCCGACACGGACGUACAGCUCAUGCCGGCUGGUGACUGAAGUGAGCACGGGUUUCGAGUACAAACUCUACUGGAACACGCUGACCGGCACGUCGACGUCGAUCAGCAUGGCAAUGGAGGCCAAGGUGGACGGAUGGGUUGGUUUGGUGUCGGCGGGAGCCCGUUGAUGAGCGGGAUCGACACCCAGGUCGGCAUGAUGACCGGCGGUGGGGCGGUUGUUGACGGAAUGUCGUCGGGGACAAUCCGACCGACGGCGGAUGGCACCAACGACAACACAGCUGUGGCGGUCAAGAAUGUGGGCGGAGUGCUGACGGCUGAGUUUGAUCGGGUGCUCAACACGGGCGACGGCAACGACAACGUGUGGUUGGCGACCGGGAUCAACUCAGUGGUGGUGGCGGUGGGCACUGGUGGCACACCUACGACGACUGGAUCGUACGGUGGACAUGCGGCGCGGGCGCGGUUCAACCUCGACUUUUCGGUGGCAUCAUCGUCGAUGGCCAACGGCGACUUUGCGUUUGCGUAUCUGGACGGAACGACGCCGAGAGUGCUUGACACGUACCGCGGAGCUGGAUCGGGCGUGGUCUCGAUCGAUUCCACGAACGACUACACCGGCGUGACGGUUGAAAACUCGGGCGGCCUGCUGCAGGCCAAGUUCACGCGCAAUCUGGUGACCGGCGACGGGCAGGACCGCGACAUUGUGGCGGGCAACAACCUUGUGGCAUGGGCAUUCAACUCGGACACUAAUCCUUCGAAUCCGCCGGCCAACGGCGAUUACCACACGGCGCGUGGUGCGAUGAACAUCGACUUUACGACCUCGACGCCGUGCGUGCCGUCACCACCGCCGCCGCCUACCUCGCCGCCGCCGCCACCCACUUCUGGCGGCGGGGCAGGGGCCAUCGACCUCAGCUCUGCAUUUACCUUUUCGGACGGCCCGUUCACGAUGCGAUUCAAGGUCGACACCGUCAACAACCAGGUCUCGUUUGCGCUCUCCAAGUCCGGCUCGGCCGGAUACGUGGCCAUCUGUUUCACCGAGAGCGCCGGAGUCAUGGGCCCGGGCGACUCGUACGUGGCGUUUGCGUCGUCGGCAGCAUCGGGCGGGUACGUGGUCUCGGAUCGGCAGAAUCCCAGCGGCAAGUCGGCGCCGCCGGCGGAUGCCAAGCAGGACGUGCUCGGCGUGAGCGGGUCAGAGACUGGUGGAGUGAUGACGGUCGAGUUUGUGCGGGCGCUCGACACUGGCGACAACGGCGAUGUAGUCAUCAACGACGCCGACAUCAACAUUGUCUGGGCGAUUUCCGACAGCGCGACGCCAGGCGGCGGAGCUGGGUCGGCGACGUCGGGGGUGAGCAAGCACUCCACGACGUCGACGGCUGCGAUCAAGAUCAACUUUUUCACCGGCAAGGUGUCCAAGGACGACCUUCGCGAGAAGCUCAUCAAGGCGCACGCGUGGAUGAUGAUCAUCUCGUGGGUGGUGCUCAUUCCUGUGGGCAUUGUGGUGGCGCGAUUCCUCAAGGACAAGCUCGGAGUGUGGUGGUUCCGUGUCCACCGGUUCACACAGUGGAUGGCGGUGCUGGCGACGUUUGCGGCGUUUGGGAUGGCGAUCUGGUUCACCAACGAGGACUUUAAGGGCGAGAACAAGAGCCACAAGCUCAUCGGACUUGCUGUCGUGCUUGUAGCGUUCCUGGAGCCUGUUCUCGGCGAGCUCUCGAACCUGAUGUGGUCGCCGGACCGGAGCGGGACGCCGUGGUUCCCGGACAAGAUCCACUGGUGGGUGGGCCGCGGGCUCACGCUCCUUGCGAUGAUCAACUGCUUCCUCGGGAUGAAGGCGAAAGAGUGGGGCGCGGCGCCAUACGUCAUUGUCAGCCUGCUCGUGGCAGGCUUUGCAGUUGCGUGCGUUGUGCUUCAGUUCACCAUCGGCGACGUCCACCACGAUGCCGGCAACGACAAGGAGAUGGACGAUUUGUGAGUCGCAGCUCGGGCUUGAUCACUUUACUAAAUGACACUUUGUUUUUA